AUGAUUUUUUAAAGUAGUCAAGAGGUAACCAUAAAAGAGUUGUAUAAGAUGAAUAAUUUUAUGAUUAAUUGUAAAAAGAAGGAUGGGUUAUUGAUAAUAAAUGAGGAUAGAUGUAGUAUUUAGAAAGGAGCCUAUCAAAUUUAUAUAGAGGAAAUGCUUGCUUAGAUAAAGGAUGCAUAAUUAGUUAGGAAAUUGGUUAGCAAAACAUAGUAUCAGAAAAUAGUUAAGUUAAGAAAUUGUUUAUAAGAGAAUGAUAAUGAUGGUAAUUGAAUUUAUCAAGGACAGCAAGUUGAAAACAAUAAGCAUUAAAUGGAAUGUAUAUUAAAAAAGAAGUCAUUAUAGUAAAUGCAAAGAAUUACUAAAUAGAAGAGAAAAAUAAUUAGGAAAUCUCAUUAAAAGGAAGAUAAGUAUAUCAUGAAGAAAACUGAUUAUAUGAACAUAUCUUAGAACGAAGAUAACACGAUGCAAAAGGAGAUUAAACUUUAUAGUUAGGAUGACUAAAAGGAAUUAAUUAAAAUGGACAUAAGAUAUUGUCAGGAAAGAAUUUAGAAUCAAGUUAGUAGUUAUAAAGAAGUAAAUGUGUUAAUAAUUAUGGAAUAAAUAAUAAAUGUACAUGAACCUUAUAAAUUAAAAGAAAAAGUUUUGAUUAAAAUCUUAGAACAAGGAAAUAGGAAAGAAGAUUGA